CCCAAAACGCUCUCGACAUCCACACGCGGCAUCUCCUGCCUCCUGCUUGGAAUUUCAACUGGCUUCUUUCCUUCACCAGGCAUCAGCAUCGGCAGUAUCAUCAUCUUGAUCCUGCCACACAUCCGUUCAUUCUUCUACUCGAUCAUCUCGUAUCAUCGACUUUUCCUUUCUUCGCUAUAUCUCUCGACCUGAACCUUCAACUUAAUUUUCAACCGAAUCAACACCACGUCCUUUCCCACCCAACCUUUUGGCCUCGUGUCACCAGACUCAUAACGGAUUUUGGAUCUCGUUUCUCUUCUUCUUUGGCAAUCAGCCACUACCUCCCGGCAACUCGAUCGCCUUAAUUCUCGUUGUGCAGUCUCUCCCACAUCGCACAUUCCACCGACUACACCUCUUAAUCUGACCUGGCGUCCACACAUUGUGCUCGACUCGUCUCACAUUCUUUUCUGUCAGCUCGAACUUGACAAGCACGCCCAUCUUCCCACAUUCAUCUGCGCAAUGGACGCAGCUGGUCUCGCACAAAUGAACACCAACAACUUCAACAACCAGUCCAACGGGCUUGCCACGCCCGCCUCCGGACUGGCUUCCCGCCGAGGCGGCCAGAACCUCAAGCCUCUCUCCCUGGCUUCGCCUCCCGCCGGCCAACGAGACAACGGCGUUCCCACCCCACGCACGAGCCGCUCUCACCUGCUCGCUGGGCUUCGGACGGCCCCCAAAUCGGCCACUGCCUCCACCUUUGCGAACUCUUCAAGCAUGGCCUCUCCCACUGCCCAAACCUUCAGCAACCGCAACAGCAUCGCUGGCAGCAUCUACCCACAGGGUACCAAUGCCUACACUGCUCCCAAGACGGCUCUGCCCCAGUAUGGCCAGCAGCAGGCGUACAACCAGAUGAUGAACAUGAACCAGCAGCAGCAACAAUUCACAACUGAGCAGGUCCUCGCUCCUCCUGAGAUCCACGUCGACGAUCAGGACCAGAUGGAUCCCCAGCUGUACGCUCAGCUGGUCGCCACCAACAUGUACCUGGCCCAGCAGCAGCGGGCUCUUCAGCAAGAGCUCCUCAAUAUCCAGGUAGCUGCUCAGCAGUUCCAGGGCCUUAACAUCGGCGGUGCUCAGCAGCAGAUGCAGAUGCAGAUGCAGCAGCAACAGAUGGCAAUGUACCAGCAUCAGCAGCGUGUGCAGUCUAUGCAGCAGUCCAUGCUUGGCACUAUGGGUAAUCAGCAACAGAUGCAGCAGCAGCAGCAGCAACAAGUGUACGCCUACGUCGAUCCCAUGACCGGACAGACCAAAUACUACGUUGACCCCAACGCUGGGCAGUCCAACAUGGCAGCCUUCAGUGAACAGUCUCAGCUUGCUCAGGGCUACGGAAGCCAUCAGCCAACGCCGCAGAACAACACGCCUCGCGUCCAGGUCUCCCCUCCCGCCGAGAACAACACGACUCCUUUCUUCCGCAGCAACUCGCCUCCUAAGCGCAACGAGUCGCCCAUUGACGUCGCUCCUCUCCCUCCCCCAUCCGCCAACGCCUUCCGUCGCGGCCACAAGAAGAUUGUCUCCCUCGCGAUGCCCAACCUCAACAACUCGCUCGCCCUUUCCAACGAUGCUCCCAAGUCCGCUGGUCCCCGGACCGCCUCUUUCCCAGUCACGCCGCUGACUGGUGGCUACGGACCGGGCCAGGCGCGUGCUGGCGAGCACCCAGUGCGCCAGCCCCGUGGCCCGCCCUCGAUUGAGGAACUCAAGGCCAAGCCUACCACAAAGCACGAGGGCAGCAAGAACUUUGCGGCUCGCACCCGUCGAUGCGCAGUUCACAACCUUGUCCGCGCCGGCCGGGAGAGGAGAAAGGGAACUGGCAGCUCGAGCGGAAGCAUGAGCCCCGUUUCCGAGAGCGCUGAGGAGGUGCACACCCCCAUCACUGACAACGAGUCUGACUCCGGGCGUAGUGGCUCGGGUAGCCUGUCCGGUGACAUGGAGUGCUCCCUGCCUAGCUCGCGCACCUCCACCAACGGCAGCUGGGGUGCUAUCGGGUCCGACCGCCCGGGUUCGCGCCAGAAAACGCGCAAGAGCCUCGAUAGCAUCAGUAGCGCCACGUCGGGUUGCGAGUCGGAGAGGGAUAACUCGUUUGCCAGCGUGUUCAAGAACGCCGGCCAGAAGUCCGAGGUCGAGAUGGCCGAAGGCCAGCGCAAGGCGCCCAUGCUGGUCCUGACAAGCGCCGAAAAGCGCAAGAGCGGCCCGCUGGCCAUGCCCUGA